ACAGCAACUCUCGAAUGGUUUGGUCCAUGCGUGACUCAGUUUGAAGGAACCCAAAGGGAUCCAAUGAGUGUAGCGCCCGAAAUGGACAACUUGGACACCGUCAAAGCGAAUGGCGGAACUGGCAUUCGUUUCCGCGAUCCACAAGUGAUUGGGGCCGGUGAACGGGGGAAUGCCUACGAUGUUUCAGGCAGUCCAAGUCCCUCCAAAGAUCACCAUCCACGGGGAGCCUUGCACCGAAAGCUGUUGGAGCGAAAAGUCACGUGGAUUCUUGCAACGGCAUUGACCGUCCUCUUGUGCGUUGCCAUCGCUCAGCCUGCAGCCUGUCAUCAUGUGGACCGCUGCAGGCAAGAACACGCCCGUAUUCAGGACUUGAGGUCUUACAGCGGUUACAUCACCGCAGCCUUGGCCUCUGUGAUGUUGCAUGAACUGGCCUCGGUGAUCUUGACCCAUCGCACCGCCAGGAAGGCGAUCCAUCUGAUCCCCAACAUCCGCGAGUCUUUGCUUCCGUCGGUGCUGCUGUGCAUCACCUUUUUUGUGCUGAUUUUAGAAAACUUAGCCCUCGUGAUUGGAGAGACACCAUGGUUUGCACAUGCCGCCAAUUUGGGACAUCCUGAGCUGGACGGGCAGCCGGUGUACACGGUCUUCUAUGCUGAGUGGCUGAUCAAUGUCCCUAUCUUGCUGAUCUUGGCUGGAAGCAUAGCCCUACAACGACCAACCCCCGAAGUUGCAGAGCCUUUGGUGGUCACCAACGUUUACAUUGUCUUCGCGUGGGUGGCGCACUUUGUCAGUAAUCCAGGGAUCCGAUAUUUCCUGGUAGCUUUGUCCUUUCUCAUGUAUUUUCGCGCUUCCUGGAGCAUGUGCCGCUGGGUCUGGAACUGGCACUUGGAGAAUUCUGAUGAUCACCACAUUCUUGGCAGGCCUCUUCUGACCUUUGUUUUGAUUCUUGUCUUUGGCAUCUAUGGAGCUGUUUACGUCUCCCGGCUGCAUGGUGGCGUCAGCUAUCGCGACGAUCGCAUCUUCUUCACGACCAUGAACUUCACCACGAAGCUCUUUGCGUCGAUGACUUUGGCCGGCAUCCGCUCCAGUGAAUUUCAAGAAGUCCUCCUAUCAAUGCUGGCAAACACACAAACCUCGUUCAAGCGUUCCCUGAAGUAUGAGGACACAACACCCAUGCUGGAAGAUUGAUUGCCAUUUGAUUAUUUUACUAUUUAAGACCUGGCCGUUUCGCUUUUUCGGCUGCCAUAGAUUUUUGAAGGCUAAAUUUGGAGCCUGGAAGCUGCUGCUCCGGGCUUGGAAUAUCUACGGCAAGCCCCGAGUGGGGGUUUCAACAUGCUCGGGGCCGUGCCAGAUGGAACUUUGACAUACCUUGCUUGGUCACUUUUUGAAUUUGUUGACCAUGUGAAUUACCAUCUGGUUAUGACUAACAGUUCGCCAU